UCUACGCUGGGCAGCAUGAACGGGCACAGCCGGAACGGGAAGGGCCAUGCUCCCCGGCGGAAGCACCGCAACCGUUUUGUGAAGAAGAACGGCCAGUGCAACGUUUACUUUGCCAACCUGAGCAACAAAUCUCAGCGCUACAUGGCCGACAUCUUCACCACCUGUGUGGACACGCGCUGGCGGUACAUGCUGAUGAUCUUCUCCGCCGCCUUCCUGGUCUCCUGGCUCUUCUUCGGCUUCCUCUUCUGGUGCAUUGCCUUCUUCCAUGGUGACCUCAAUGCACCGGCAGCGGCAGGUAGUCCCUCUCUCCUGAAGCCCUGCAUCAUGCAUGUGAACAGCUUCCUGGGGGCUUUUCUUUUCUCGGUGGAGACACAGACAACCAUCGGGUACGGCUUCCGCUGCGUGACUGAGGAGUGCCCGCUGGCUAUCAUGGCAGUUGUGGUGCAGUCCAUCGUGGGCUGCGUGAUUGACUCCUUCAUGAUUGGCACCAUUAUGGCCAAGAUGGCAAGGCCCAAGAAGCGGGCCCAGACCCUCCUCUUCAGCCAUCAUGCCGUCAUCUCUGUGCGGGAUGGCAAACUCUGUCUCAUGUGGAGGGUGGGCAACUUGAGGAGGAGUCACAUCGUGGAGGCCCAUGUCCGAGCCCAGCUCAUCAAGCCCUACAUGACGGAGGAAGGGGAAUACCUCCCCCUGGACCAGCGGGACCUAAAUGUGGGCUACGAUGUGGGUCUGGAUCGUAUAUUUUUGGUCUCACCCAUUAUUAUCGUUCAUGAGAUUGAUGAGGAGAGCCCCCUCUAUGGAAUUGGCAAGGAAGAGCUGGAGACUGAGAAUUUUGAGAUUGUGGUUAUUCUGGAGGGGAUGGUGGAAGCCACAGCCAUGACCACACAAGCACGAAGCUCUUACCUUGCUAGUGAAAUCCUUUGGGGUCAUCGCUUUGAACCAGUUGUGUUUGAGGAGAAGAACCACUACAAAGUGGAUUACUCGCGCUUUCACAAGACAUACGAGGUAGCUGGCACACCUUGCUGCUCAGCUCGGGAGUUGCAAGAAAGCAAGAUGACCAUCCUACCUUCUCCACCACCUCCCAGUGCCUUCUGCUACGAGAAUGAGCUGGCACUUGUCAGUCAAGAUGAAGAUGAAGAUGAUGAUGAAGUGGGUGUAGUGUUAGGGGGCAACACCAAGGAGGAGGGAGGUAUCAUCCAGAUGAUGGAUUUUGGAAGCCACCUGGACCUGGAGCGGCUCCAGGCAACUCUGCCUCUAGAUACAAUCUCAUACCGCAGGGAGUCAGCCAUCUAA